UUAGACACAAACUCAUCUCAUGUCCUCAACCUCACCAGGUACAGUUUCCAUAUCCAUGUACUGAAUAUCAAGCUUAAGCAGAUGCAUUGACUUUUAAAGGACAGUUUUCACAAUGUUGUAAAUAACCAAAAUAAAGAAAACAGAGUUCUGUCAAAGUCUUGUUCUUUUGGUGAACGCUGCGGCUGAUCGCCAUGACUAAAACGAACGCAGAAUAUUUCAGCUGAAGCUGCUUCCCAUAUUUCGUACAUCGGGCUGUUUAUUAGCGUCCAUUUUAAUCUUCCGUGCCGUUUAAUUUGCUUUCGUUUGCACUAUAAUUUUCAGUCGCUGCCGCAACUAGCGGCGUUCACCAAAAGAACAGGACUCAUAUCGAAAAAUAGAUAGAUCAGAAAAGGCUUUUUUAGCUUCUCCAUAAGCUAUUGAUCAACUUUCAGUAUGUGAUACCUUUGCUUAAAGAUUAAUUACUUAGUGGAAGCAGAGCAACGUGAAGCCGGCAGGAUUCUGUUUUGUUUCUUGCAACUCUUUCUGUUUUUAACUAUGAAAUUAUCCGGUUAUGUUUUAAAAUCUGUAUUAACCCGGCUGAAAUCGCAAGUGACAGCCUCACCUUUGAAUCUUACGAUUAAUAUACCUUCGCUGUCAAACAAAAAAAAGAAAAAUCCAAAUACUAACACGACUGCUUCUGGUGCACCAGCGACUCUUUGGUACCAAAUAAGAUGUGUUCUCUUCAGCCUAUUCAUGUCAUGGCAGCGAAAGAAAUCAGAUUUACUAUAAAUCUAACUCUUACGUCAACUUUGCUCUCUUACAUAUCUCCUUUGAAUCUUAUCAUUCUUGCUUUGUUUCCAAUCAAGGUGGAUUCCUUCACAAAUAUCAUUGUGCAAACUCAGCUUGAAGGAACCCUAUUAUAGAAUGUCUCAGCCACAGAUCUACGCUGUUGCACAAGAACCACCACCAGCACAACCGCAAGUAAGGUUGGUUAUUGUUUUGGUUAGACAAGUAGGCUAUGAUCACUGGUGUGUAAUCAUUUGGAGCUUGAUCAUCUCUAUGAGUGUGAAAUACUAUUCUUGGAAUUUGUCAUCAAUACAGAAGUACAAGUAGAUCUCAGCAUUACAACAUGUGUUUACAUUUUCUCGAUUUAAGACAUGCAUAUACUGAGCGAUGACUUGGAAGAAGUAGAGUUGAUUACCUGUCUUAGCUUAUUUUUCUCCAUUAUACAUGUAAAUCUCGGCAACACGCUUUUGUUCAUCUAUAAUAUAUCGGGCGAAGUUUGUAUCUUAAAAUUUUGAAAUCUAUCACUUUUUAAUAUGCUAUUGGAAAGAAAACUUGGGAGAGGUUGGAGUUAGCGUCUACGCUCGAUCACAUUGGUAAUGUGGCUCAGAUGUCUACUCUUUUCUGGUUCUGUACAUAAGAAUGUUGUGAUUGUUGAGACUGAGUCCGAGCUAGAGUACUCUGAAUUUGCGGUAAUGUCUUGCUUUGCACACGCUUAUUUGCAAGAAAGGAAUGUCGCAUACGCUAAUUGCUUUUAUCUUAUAUAAUAUACAUGCUUUCUUCACUCCUGACUUGCAUUCAACACAGUUACUAGAUCAUAAUGUAGAUUUGCAAAUAUAUUUAGUAUAUCUGUAAACACAUCAAACAUUCAUUUUUUCCUAUUGUUGUAAACGAUAAUCAAAACGUUAAAGAUUAACUUUGGAAAAAUGUAAAAAGAAAUAUUUCUGAUAAUAUUGUAGUGACCUAAUUGUUAAUAAACCUUUUUAAUGAAUGUAACUAAUAAUAUUUUUAAAAAAUUGUAAUAUACUCAAAUCAUGCAAUAUUUCAAAUCAGCCCAUCUUCUAGAUAUUAUAUGCGAAGUGAUUUGUAUACGUGUCAUCACCACAUUCAUUCUUAACAGAAAAUGAUAACAUGGCUUUUGAAAAAUAUGACAUGGCAUGAAUGUAAUUAUGGAUUUUAAAGACUUAUUUUUUUGGCAAAUUUUUUUAAAAUAUGGUAAUAACUAAUAACGUUUUCAUCAUCAUUAAAGUAAACUUUCUAUAUAAGUUUUUUGGCAUGAUAUUUGAAAUAUAUUAAAAACUAAAAAUUCAUAUACCACCACUAAAAUGAUAAAUAUUAUAUUAAUAAAAGAUAAGAUAUAUUUACAUCUAUUAAAAUGAUAAAUAUUGCAUUAAUAAAAGAUAAGAUAUAUUUACAUCUAUUUCUUACAUUAACUUAUAUAUCAAUAUAAGUAUACAUUAACAAACACAAAACUAAAGCAAUACUAAUCAAACGAAAUUUUUUGAUAGUUAAAAUGAUUAAGUUUUAUUUAAAUUUAUUGGUUAAUUAAGUUAAUUAAAUAUUAAUGUUUAAAAGUUUAACGUCUAUUAACUAAACAAACAAAAAUCUAUUUUUUUAUUAUAAUUUAAUUAUUUAAAUAAAAGCAUAUUUAAAACUAAGGAAUAAGAGAUAUAUUUAAGAUAAAUACAAAAAAAUAUUUUUAUAAAAUGUUGUUUCAACUCUAUUGAAAUUUAAAUAGAAUCAAACAGGAAGAGUUAUAUAGCAAAUAAAAAGAAAGAAGAAGAGUACAAAAUAUAUUUAUGUUUUUCUCCAAGUUAAAAUAUAAAAAUAAUGAUGUUAAAAUAUUAACUAUUUAAAAUAAUAACAAUAUUAUUAUUAUAACUAAAAUUGUUAUUUAUACGCAUUGCACAUGAAAAUUCCUAGUUAGUCUAUAGUUGUGCAACUAUAUUUUUGCUUCACAAAUGGUAUAUCUAUUUUAUAAUAGCUAAAAUAUGUGGUAUAGAGUAAAAACUCAACCAAAUAUACCAAGAAUUUACUGAAAACUUAUCAAAAUAAUUGAAAAUAUAAAACAAUAAAGAAAUAUAAAAUAAGGACAAUCAAACAAACCACUCUCACAUGGUAAUAAAAUAGAAAAGUUAACAAAACUAAAAUACAUUUGAACAAAAAUAAAAUAAAAUACAUAAACUUAGCAUAGCGGGUGAUAACACUUUGCGGUUGCAGGUGAUAAAAGCAAAACCAGUCAUGCCUUUGAAAGUAUUUUUCGGUUGAUUUGUUCUAAUUCAUUUUGUUUUGAAGUUUUUUGAUAAGUUUUCCAAUUUUAAUCUUUGUAGAAAUUCAUUUGAACAAAACAAAAAAUUUAAAUAUAUAAACUGCGCAUAACGGGUGAUAACACUCGCUUGCGGGUGAUAACAGAAACCAGUCAUGCCCUUGGAAGUAUUUUUGGGUUGAUUUGUUCUAAUUCAUUUUGGUUUGAUGUUUCUUGAUAAGUUUCCCAAUUUUAGUCUUUGUAGAAAUUCAUUUUGUUUAACGUUUUGGAAAUGUUGCUAUUAUAAAUUAUAAUCCUUUUAAUAUAGAACAAAAUACCAUUUUGUAUAAGUGAUAAAAACGAUAAGAAUGAAUAUGUGCUACGUACAUUUAAAUUCUUUUCUUUUUGAAGAACCGUAUAUUUUCUUCUUCUUCUUCAAAGUUCCAGUUAUUCUCUCUUUUUUGUCACUUUCUUUAUUUAUUCUCCAACAAUUCGUUUAUUCUUCAAAAAUUCAAAACUACAUGUACAAACCGCGUAACGUGCAAAAAUGUGAUUCCAAAAAUGUAAUUCCAAAAAUGUAAUUCCAAAUCUCUCAGUAUAAAUACAGUCGCCACUCUUCCUCCUAAGCUUUACCCGCGAAGAUCUAUACACAAAUCUAACUCAAAAAAAUAAAAGAAAAUAGCUUGAUAUAUUCUCUAAGAUGAAUGAAGAUUCUCUCGGAAUGUCUCUAUAUUAACUUCCAUCUUUCAUUUUGAUCUUCGUCCUCUUCUUGAUUUUUAGUUCUUGAUUUUCUUGUUUCUUGAUCUGUUUUUUUUUUGUUCUUUCAAAAACGAUGGGACUUUGCCUCUGUUUGUUAGCAACUCCGGCGACAUUGUUGUGGACGACGAGUUUCUUCCGCCACAAACUCUUGAUUCUCUAACGAAUUGUUUCAUCACAUAAUCCCGCAUUUUAGGUUUUAGUUCCUUCUUUUUUUUUUUUUUACUUUAAACAUCUCAAUGGAUCCCAAUUACGAUCAAGAAUCAAGAUCAAGAUCGGCUCCAACAGGUGAAAUCGAUAGUCAACCGGCUGAGAAAAAGCGUCGACUAACGAUUGAACAAGUGAAUAUGUUGGAGAAGAGCUUUGAAGAAGAGAAUAAAUUGGAACCAGAGAGAAAGACUGAGCUAGCUAAAAUGCUUGGAUUGCCUCAACGACAAGUAGCUGUUUGGUUUCAGAAUCGAAAAGCUCGGUGCAAGAACAAGAAGAUCGAAAGAGAUUACGAUGUUCUCAAGGCUUGUUAUGAUUCCCUCCUGGCUAAACAUGAAUCAGUCAUCUCAGAGAAUGAGAAACUCAAAUCUAAAGUCUUCACUUUGACUGAGAUGCUUCUUCCUGCAGCACACCAAACCCAAAGAAACCUCCAAGGCAAGCUUAACUCUAAAGGUGAUGAUGAAACUAUGAGCUCUUCCACAGCUUUAGUUCCAUUGGCAAAUGACCAUUACUUCACCAACGUUGAUGAAUCAUUCGGCUGGUGGGUUUGGCCAUCGAAUCUUAUGUAAAAAUAUGAGAAUCCAAGAUCGGUGUAGAGCACAAGAGAGAAAGACUUAGUAUUCUAUAAGCUUACGUUCUAAACAUGGGCAGAAGUUGAAUAGACUAUAGAACAUAUUGACAUAUGAGAAAUAAGAAUGUUAAAAAGCUAUUACAAUCUCUAUUUUAAAUAAAUAUAUUAUAUGAAAAUCCACUAGAGUUUCUACUAAUUGUUCAUUUUUUUUUAAUUUUUUGAGUUCUUAUUUAUGCACAUUCAAUCAAAAUCUAGUGGGUGAUGGUUUA